UUCUGUGGUUUUGAAAACACGAAAACAGGAAAAGAAGGGAAAAUAAUAAAACAAACGAUAUAGUGUUUUAUGUAAGAAUAACUAAAAAUAACUUAAAAAGCAGACACAAUAGUUAAAAUAAAUAUGAACUGAACAUUUUACAAUCGCAAUUUGUGAAUCAGACUGGAACAGAUACGUAACAAAGCAUCAUUUGUAGCAAUAAUUCGUUCGUUUCUUACUGUGAGAAGUGAAAAUGAAGAUUAACGAGAGGAAUUUGUGUGCUUUUGCGUCAUCAGCGACGCCUGUGGACCGGGAAGGAUGGUUGGACGUGAGGGGCGAGGUGGGCAAGAGCUACCAGAGGCGAUGGUUCACUCUCAAGGGAAACCUACUCUUCUAUUUCGAUAAGAAAGGGGAUAAGGAGCCUGUGGGCGUUAUAAUACUGGAAGGAUGCACAAUCGAGCUAACAGAAGAAGAGUCCUACAGUUUCAAAAUAGUGUUCCAUUGUGAGGGAGGACGCACAUACUACCUGUGCACCAACUCGCAGGCGUCCAUGGAGGGCUGGAUGAAGGCUCUGGCGUGUGCCAGCUAUGACUACAUGAAGCUCAUGGUGGCUGAACUACAGAGACAGUUGGAGGAGGCGGAAGCUGAAGAGGCAGCAGAAGCAGCUGGUAUAGUGACCGUAGGUACAUCUGAAGAUGAGCCAAAAGUUCCUCCACGCGGUCAGCGACACAACCCCUUCAACAAGCAGCCAGAGGGGGACUCCAAGUCAGUCCCCGGCAGUAGACAUCAUAAGGAAGCCGUAAAAUCCGAGCUACCGCGCAAAAAGGUGCCAUUCCGGGAUAUUCACAAAAUGUACGGACGCAAGAUACUCGUCGACCGCAGCGAGUGGCGCGCGCGGCUCAAGCUGCGCGAGGAGGCGCACGAGAAACCACUUAUACAGCUCUGAGCUGUGUUACUGUACACUAGGGUGUGUUGCAGAGACAGUGGCGUGCAUAAGGUUGUUGAUCAGGGUAUGCACUGGUAAGACAAUAUACCCAACCAGGAAAAUAUGUUUUGAAUUUAACAAAACAUUUGUUAGGGUAUGCAGUGCUUUAAUGCUUGUAUGAAAUGCACGCCGCUGUGAAGAGUGUAUGUGCCUGUUGAGUUAUGAAAAUGCUAAGCUGCAAACCUCAACUCAGUACGAAUGAAGUGUCAAUAAUAUGAUGUUGUUGUUAAUAUUUUAUUGGCGAUUUUGGUGCGAUUGUCUAGGACAAGAUUGUUGUUUUUUUUUUAUUAAAAUUGAAAGCUUAUUAACAUGACCAAUAUUCCCUAUUAACUGUGAGUAAAGCUUGUAUUAGAAUUAGGUACAACAUAUCAAAGCAUUUCGUCAAGGUGUCUGUUUGUAUUUAGUCUACCUUCUGCCAGUCUAUUUAAAUCGAAUAAGUAUAUAAAGGCAGUAUUCGAACUUGUGUUUUUGGUAACUUUUCGACUAUUGAACUAAAGAGGCUUGAAUCGCUACUGUUUAGAUAUCGAACGAUAUUUUAAUAUUUUGCGCUUUUAGACCAACUAAACUAGACUAAGUAUAUUUUAUUUUUUAUUUACUUACUUUGUAUUACACUUCUAAAGCGAAUUUCAGUAAACAAUAAACGGUAUUAUAUUAGUUUUACAA